GUGGAGGAGAAGAAGAAGAAUAAAAGGGAGGGGUGGUCUAAGAGACAAAUAAAUAAAUAAAGGAAAGGAAACUCAAAGCUGUGAGCGAUGCAGAGAUUUCUACGCUGGAGGCCCCGGGAAAGGCAGCUUGGAAGCGGGGGUGGGGAGCCGAAGGCAGCGGGGCUUCCCCCCUUUAUUUAUUUAUUUUAGCCCCUCCUCGCCGGGCCCGCUUCGGCGCCAGAGGCGGAGAACAUUUUGCUCCUCUCUUCAGUUUCCUGGUUUAUCCUUUUCUCAGGAGUUGUCAUGAAAAGGGGGAACAUAGAGGUCCUGCGAGAUGAGCCUGCCCCCGGGCACCCCCGCUGCUAGGAUGCUCUUUGUUAUGGCUCUGGCCUGCGCCAGCCCUUUCCUGGACCUACGGCGACGAACCAUCAACAUUCCCAUUAUUUUCAGUGGCUCAACCUACACACCAGAAAGUGCCCGGUUCUCACCUGAGGAUUUUCGCAAUUUCUCCAUGGAGAUCAACCCCAUCCCUGUCGUUCUGAACGACACCAAUCCUCGUAGCCUAAUUGUACGGCUCUGUGAUGUCCUCUCCUCCUUGCAUAUCCAUGGAGUUGUUUUUGAAGAUGAUAUACGAACGGAGGACGUCGCCCAGAUCCUGGACUUCAUCUCAGCACAGACCUCAGUUCCAAUCAUUGGCAUCAAUGGAGGAUCAGCCAUUGUUCUUACUCCCAAGGAGAAAGGAUCAACAUUCCUGCAGCUUGGUUCCUCAACCAAACAACAAUUGCAGGUGAUGUUUGAGGUCCUGGAACAAUAUGACUGGACAGCAUUUGCCGUCAUUACUACCCUGUUUCCUGGCUAUGAAGAUUUUGUAGAUUACAUUGAGGUCCUGACCGAUAGCAGCUUCAUUGGUUGGGAGCGCCGCAGCACUGUGACCCUUAACCUCACUGAUGACCCAGAUGGAGCCCGCCUGAAACGCCAGCUCCGAGAAAUAAAUGCCCGUAUUUGCCUUCUCUAUUGUUCCCGUGAUGAAGCAGAAAGCAUCUUCCGUGCCGCUCGUGAAGUCAAACUUACUGGUCCUGGGUAUAUUUGGUUCAUGGCAGGCGCCAACUUUGGUAGAACUGCCUACCUGCCUGAGGAACUGCCUGAGGGACUCUUCAUGGUGCUUUCAGCAGGAUGGAAAGAUGAUCUUUACCACAGAGUACAAAACGGGGUGGCCAUAAUUGCCAAAGGCGCUGAGGCCCUCUUCCAAGUCUACGGCUCAAUUCCAAAAUUCAACAGUGAUUGCCGGGCACCCAAUCUCACCCAAUUCAACGAGAAUCUACAUCGUUAUUUCAUGAAUGUCACGUGGGGUGACAAGGACUUCUCCUUUAAUGAAGACGGCUACCUGAUCAAUCCGUCUUUGGCUGUAAUCUCACUUAGCAAACAUCGGACUUGGGAAGAGGUGGGAAGGUGGGAGCGACGAAUCCUGAGUAUGUCACGCUAUAGGAAGUUCCUGCAACCCGUGGAUGACAACAAGCACUUGAUGGUGGCAACUUUGGAGGAAAGGCCCUUUGUAAUUGUGGAUGACAUUGAUCCUGCCACCAAGACUUGUAUCCGUGACUCGGUGCCCUGCCAUCAUCCUCUCAACCACACUGACAGCAAUCAGUUAAAGAAGAGAUGUUGUAAAGGGUUUUGCAUCGACAUCUUGAAGCGUUUGGCGAAAACUCUGGGAUUCACCUAUGACCUCUAUCUUGUCACCAAUGGCAAACAUGGGAAAAAAGUAAAUGGCAUGUGGAACGGCAUGAUUGGAGAGGUGUUUUACAAGCGAGCUGACAUGGCAAUUGGAUCCCUGACCAUCAAUGCAGAAAGAGCUGAAGUCAUAGAUUUCUCUGUGCCCUUCGUUGAGACAGGCAUCAGUGUCAUGGUGUCCCGCAGCAAUGGAACUGUUUCACCUUCUGCCUUCCUAGAGCCUUACAGCCCUGCUGUUUGGGUGAUGAUGUUUGUCAUGUGCCUGACGGUUGUUGCAGUGACCGUCUUCAUCUUCGAAUAUUUCAGCCCAGUGGGCUACAACCGCAGCCUCAGCAACAGCAAACGCACUGGAGGCUCCAAAUUCACCAUUGGAAAAUCAAUCUGGUUGCUUUGGGCAUUGGUGUUUAAUAAUUCUGUGCCUGUGGAGAACCCCAGAGGUACCACCAGCAAGAUCAUGGUGCUGAUCUGGGCAUUCUUUGCCGUAAUCUUCCUUGCCAGCUACACAGCCAACCUGGCUGCCUUUAUGAUCCAGGAGGAGUACGUUGACACGGUGUCUGGGCUGAGUGACCAGAAGUUUCAGAGACCCCAGCACCAUUAUCCUCCUUUGAGAUUUGGCACAGUUCCUAAUGGUAGCACCGAAAAAAAUAUUCGGAACAACUAUGGAGAAAUGCAUGAAUAUAUGGGGAAGUACAACCAGCGCAGUGUGGAAGAUGCACUUCAGAAUCUGCAGACAGGGAAGCUGGACGCUUUCAUUUAUGAUGCAGCUGUCCUCAACUACAUGGCCCGCAAGGAAGAAGGUUGCAAGCUUGUCACCAUAGGAAGUGGGAAGGUCUUUGCCACAACUGGGUAUGGCAUUGCCCUGCAAAAAGGAUCCAAAUGGAAACGACCCAUUGACCUGGCCCUGCUUCAGUUUCUCAGCGAUGACGAAAUUGAGCUCCUGGAGCGCCUGUGGCUGUCAGGGAUUUGCCACAAUGACAAAAUAGAGGUGAUGAGCAGCAAACUGGAUAUAGACAACAUGGCAGGGGUCUUCUACAUGCUUUUGGUAGCCAUGGGGCUGAGCCUGCUGGUCUUUGCCUGGGAACAUCUCAUCUACUGGAAACUGCGCCACUGCAUGAGACACACAGGCCGGCUGGACUUUCUACUCGCCUUCAGCAGGGGCAUGUAUAGUUGUUGUAGCAGUGAAGACCCCAAAAUACCAGACCAGCAGCAGUUGCCCAUCCUGAAUCACACCUAUGGACCAUCGCGAGGUGUACCCCCAGCUUUGCCCAGUCCUCCUGGGCCUCCACUUCCCUGUUCCAGCUUCCUGCCUCGUGAACGGCGCAUUGUGGAACGGUGGCGUCAUGCCCGUAGCCCCAACUGUUACAAGGAUUUGUACCCCCCUACACCUGCAGAACUCCCUACCACUAAACCACCACGCCACAGCCUCAAGAGUCCUUUCUCGGAUGGCUUCCACCGGUUCUAUGGCCCCAUCGAACCCGAAGGGCUUUCAGAUCAUGUCAGCAGCAAAAAAAUGGCACCCUGUCAGCUCUCUCCCCCACAGCCUUCCCGUGGGCUGGAAAAUCCUCCGUCCUACUUUGCUAUAGUGAGGGAAAAAGAUUCUCCAGAUAUGCCACCGGUGGCAUCAGGUUGGCAACGCAAAUCUCUCCGGGGUUUGUACGAAAGUUUCCAAGCAGGGAAAGGAGCUGGCCGAACUUCCGAGGUGAAAAAAUAUGAUGGUCCUUCAAGCAGUUAUCCCACUAAAAGCCCUUGUGAGUUGGAGAGGAGCACUUCCAGGUCUUUUGGGAAAGAGCGAAGCCGCUACGGCUACACCCGGCUGUCCUACGAAGAUGAACGUUCCCCACCAGUCCCCCGUUACCGACAUGCUGAGGAGGCAUCUCUGCCACGAGCUGAGCCAGAAGCAAAAUGCCCAACCACGUCAAGCCGCGAGAGGAGCUCCCGGGCUCACAUCUGCCGCAGCCAUUCCCACCCACUUGCCGUCGGUGCCAGUUUGCGUAGCCAAAGUCAUUAUGUGGACUUUUCAGACUCUGAUUCCGACAUCUGUGAGAGGGAUAGUGAUGGCCACAGCUGCUGGUACCAGUCGCCAGAUUAUUUCUGCACCUACCCCUCCCGAGAGAGGCAGCUCUUUGCCACGCACAAGCCUCUGCACUACUGGUCGGCCGACAAGUUGGCCAAAUGCCAUGGGUGUCACGGUCCUUGCCAGCACUGCCUGAGCCUAGAAAUGCUCCCGCCACCCACUCCGCCGUGCCGCAAGGAAGCCUUGCAUUAUUUGAGCUGCUCGGAAGAGCAUUUGGAACGCCGGCUGGACUGGGAGCAUCGACACUGUAGCCACUACAGUUGCCUGGUUCCUCGGCAUCGCCACGGCUUCCACCGACGCUGCCACCAUCAUUCCUGUGAGAUGGGGCCAGGUGGUGGAGUCCUGCACCCAACCUCCCGUAGUCUGGAGGACCUCAGCUCCUGCCACAUGAUGCGCUGUGGGGCUUCCCAUCGACACCAGGGUGGCUUCUCCCCGGAGUGGCUGCCACGCCGGGUGAGUCGAAGCGGGGAGCUUUUUGCCAGGCGUGGUUCGGCCCAUUUCUCCAGCCUGGAGUCCGAGGUAUGACCAGCGCCAGGUGGGGCGGGCGUGGGGGAGGGGUAGAGAAAGACAUUUAAGAUGAAAUAAGAGAAAAAAAAAGACUGAAUUGUGAUAGAGACUCAGAAGGUGGAGAUGGCAUCGUGGCCCAACUAAAGAAACAAAGGCAAUACCACGAAGAUGGCCAUGGAGCGGGUGAUGCAGAUCAGGGCCACCAAUGAACCCACCAAGGGCAUGCUGCCAGGAUGCCACCAAGAAGAGAUGGCAUAGUGUCAUAUCUCCCUGCCACAGAGAAGGGGAAUUGUUCAACCAAAAGAGUAUCACAGAUAAAACCACAGUGGGGACUGGAACCACUAAUAUUCUCAUUAAAAGAAAAAAAUAAUCAGAAGGGAGAACAGAGACAACAUCUCAGAGAGGGGCAACACUCUGCUACUGCUACCCCAAGUGCCACCAGAAUAGCCCCCCUGACAAAACACCCAAUCCCUUGCACCAGCCAAUUUGCAGCGGGGGGUGGGGGUACAGGGGAGCUGUUCCCACCUGCGUUUCCAUAACAGACCUUUUAUAUCCAGAAAAAGGGCUUUCCUGCCACUCUGUGGCACAUUGGUGGGGUGGGGUCCUCUGGUCGGUGGCAGUGGGCUACUGCAACAGCAGGGCUGCUCCUCUUUGAACAAGCACCGAGUGAGGGUCCCAGCAGGUGGGGGCAACUCCCUGUUCUCCCACAGAUUGGCAGCUGGAGCAGCCAGUGCCAACAGGCUCCAGGGCAGGGGGUGGGUGGUGGAGGGCCCCCUCCACACUACUGUUUGGACCUUGCGGUGGGAAAGGACGUUAGGAGACAAAACUGUGACUUUGUUCAAACAGAAAACUGUGAUAUUUUUUCCUGCACAUUUUCCUCUUCUCCCGUCUCACUUUCUUUGCUCUUCUCGUGCUUUAUUUCUUCCCUUUCUCCAUCGCAUAUAUAAAAAUUGCAAUCAUGGGCCCCCAUUGUUAGGGAGAUAGCAACCCACAGCAAACAAACACCACUUCAUAGGCAGAGACAUACAGAUUCAUCCGUUUGUGUGCUGUGAUGGACGUAAAUAAGUAAAUAAAACAAUUGCAGCCCCGUACUUCAGUGCAUCCCAACUGACUCAUAUCUGAAAGGGUCUCUUUUUUCAAAACCUGAACCAGUGCAUUGAUGCUCUCCCAGCUAAGAGAGUGAUAAUGAAAAUGGUAGAAAACAGGAUAAGGAUGCUCUUCAGUGGACUGAGAGGACACAGCACUUCAACUGAGCAAAACAAAGCCAAUAGAAGAAAAAUCUGAUGCAAUAGAUAAAAUGCUGGAUAUGGUCAUUUCCAUCUACCCUCUUAAACCAAUUGCGCAGGGCUUCUCUGUGCACAUUGUGGGGCGAGGCCACCCCCGCAGAAACGGAAGAUGUGCACGUGAUUGUAUGACUUACCCCAUCGUCCCUUGCUUGCAAGGGUUAGUUCUGCAUUUUUGUGUGGGAAACUGAGUGGGCUGCUGCUCUUGCAGGCAUUUCUUGUGCUUCUUCCCAUACAAAAGAGGCACAAAAAAUUACCCUUCAGGUAGUCCUCGAUUUACGACCACAAUUGGGACUAGAAUUUCUGUUGCUAAGCAAGGCAGUUAAGUAAGCUGCACCCAGUUUUAUGAUUUUUUUUGCCACAGUUGUUAAGCGAAUCACUUGCAGUUGUUCAGUGAACCAUACAGUCAUUAAGUGAAACCAGCUCCCCCCAUUGACUUUGCUUGUCAGAAGCCGUCUGGGAAGGUCGCAAACGGCGAUUACAUGACUCCAGCAUUGCUGCAACGGUCAAAAAUACAUGGAGCCAAGUUUUAAUCAAAUGGCUGUGGAGAUGCUGCAACAGUCAGAAGUGAGAGGACCGAUGGUCAUAAGUCACUCUUUUCAGUGCUGUUGUAAUUUUGAACAGUCACUAAAUAAAUGGCUGUCAGUCAAGGACUAUCUAUACUUAAGAGUGCUCAGAGGAAUGGAAAUUUGUCUUCAAAUCCCAAGAUCUUGAUAGAACUCCUGGAAAUAAACAGGCAUGAAAUCUGACUUCGGGUGCCAAACAUACCAGACAAAACUAAGAAAGAUCCAGGUUUUUAGAGAAAUGUGUGCCGUCAUUGAUUGGUGGAACUCACUACAACAGAUGUGAUUAGCUGCCAUUGUUGCAUUUUCUCAAGGAGUGGAAAUUUAAAUUAAAUGUCUGGAAAACUGCAGUAUGAAUGAUAAGUAGAUAUGAUAAAAGGAAGUGUGGAAUGACAAUAAUCCAGGAAUCAGCGAGGAUUGAACAUGCUACAAAAAACGAUGUUAUUCUUUGCUUCCAGUGUUAUUUAGAACUUUUCUCUAGCAUGAUGAAGCAUGAAUCCUAAUCAAGUUCAGGGAGAAAUAAGAUUGGAUGGUGGUAGAGCCUUCCAUUACCAAAAGGUCACUGCCAGAUAUCUGUAAAAUAAGUCAAGGAUCCUCAACUUUUCUGGCCAUUUUGGGCUGCCGUAAGGACAAAGGACUAGUCCUUCAGAAGUGUCUGCCAAGAUGGUAUGACCCAUCUCUCCCCUUCCGCCAAGACUUCAAAUGGAACAGUCCAGACAAGGACAUCAAGCAGGGCAGUGGUGAAAUCUGAACCGGUUUGCUACCGGUUUGCUGGCCGCGCAUGCGCAGUUCGCACAAAAUGCACGCUGCACACGCAUGCGCAGUACGCGGCAAAAGGAGACUUGGGAAGGUAAGUAGAACAGCGGGGGGGGAAAAUCAGCUGUGGCGUGCUAUCUUGGGAACUUUUUUUUUUUCCUUUUUAAGCAUUUUUUUACUACUGGUUCAGGCGAAUAGGUAGUUAAAAAAAUGCUUUAAAAAAGUAAAAAAAAAAAGGUUUGGACAAUCACAGCUGUGCCGCCCAAUCGUCCAAGCUUUUUUUUUUUUUUGCUUUUUUUAAAGCAUUUUAACUACCAGUUCCUGGGAACCAGUAAUAAAAAAAAUGCUAAAAAAGAAAAAAAAAAAAAAAUGUUCCAACGAUCGCAUGUCGCUCAGCUGAUCGUUGGAACUUUGUUUUUACAUUUUUUUACUACCAGUUCGGCGAACCAGUAGCAUUUGUUACUACCGGUUCGGGAGAACCGGCCCGAACCAGUAGCAUUUCACCUCUGAAGCAGGGUCUAUAGAAUAGGAGGGAUGGCAGAGGAGAACUUUUGGGUGGGGAGAGCUCCUUUCUAGCCCAGCAUUGUUGUCACCAAAGUAACAGGUCAUCUAGUCCAACCCCCUGUUCACACAGGAGAAUACUAGGGAUUCAAACAGCCGAACUGCCCACCUUUCUGAUUGACAAGCUCAGCGUCUUAGCCACUGAGCCACCUAGCCAGGCCAGUAAUUUAUUAAAAAGUAAUUUAUUAGCGAUCCAUUUUCUCCUGAUAAACUGAUGAAAAUCUGUUAGGAGGAAACAUUUUUGCUUUUGGGGAUUGGAUGGGCAAGAAAUCCACAGACAUAAGCAGAAGAAAUAUUCAACAUCAUCUUUCUUUGCAUUCAUGUUGUGCUAAUAUUACCUUCCUUACCAGCCCUAUUUUUGGUCAUUUGGUAUGGCCCUUCUGUUAACACCUAGCUCAUGAAAUGAGCACAUCCAUUUUUGAGGUUUAUUCCAAGCUCUCAGUUUCCAUUUCCAUAAAUAGGGUAAUCAGAGAUUCUGCCAAGAAAAAACUUGGGUGGAGGUGGGGGGAGUCAGUUUUAUCUUUAUUUCAGAAGUUAUCGUCCCCCGUCCCCCGUCCCCCCAGCCACAGGCAUUGGAUCUUCCCAGCUCCUCCUUCACUGUGUUUGAGCAUAUCUGUGUACAAUUCUAGGCAGGCUCAGUACUGUAUUCGGUGUCAGGCCCAUAUUUAGAUAUCCUGAAUUUUCUUAAUAUUUCUGGUCCAUGUAAUUGGAAGAAGGCAGUUCAAAGGAGUAAGCUAUGUCUGAAGAUAGGGGUUUCUCCAGAUUUGGAGGUGGGAAUUCACGAAAUGGAUCCUCCUUAAGUUGGUAGACUUCAGAUUCUGGGGCUUGAUGAGGAGCAGCUCCAAUUAAUCUACUGUUUUAUAUUUUCUAAAUUGCUCUUAAUGGAGCAUUGCGGGGAGGGAGGUGGCUUUAAAAUUCUCAUUUCCCAAAGUAAUGCUUUGAUUGCAAAUGUAGUCAUUUGGAGUAGGGGGCAGGCCUCAUUUGAUGCUUAAUGCUGGUUUGAGGUCUGCUUGCCAAAGUCUGCCAAGCUUAGUAGGAUUCUGGAGGAGAAGGAAGACAAGACUCGCCGGAGUUCCUGCUCUUUCUGGUUAGAAGACUAGAAACAGAACAAGACCGCCAAGCGAAUACUGGAUUCUUCCAUCUGUGAACCUUCAACAGAUUGCCAAUUUAAACUCGUCUCAGUGCAGAAGGGGAACCAAAUUUCCACACAGUUUCUGCCUCUCAGACAGGACUCCCUGGGCUAGAUAGGCCAUCAGUCAGACUUAGUAAUCAGAUUCUCUCCUUGCACCGUUCCAGAGCCAAGUGAUGCCUGUUCGCAGGGCCUUGUUUGAAGUGUUGCACUUCAUUUGAGCUCCUUAGUCAGAGCAGGAGCUUGACAAAUUGAGAAAGAUGCAGAAGGCAGCAGCAAGGAUGAUCAAAGGUCUGGAAGAGGCGAGUUAUACAUUGAGAUGCUGAAGGAACUGAGGCUGCUUAGCCCCAAGAAAAAUAAAAUGUAGUUGUUGGAGAAAGAGAGGCCUGGUGGCAGUUCUCACACCUGUUUUAAAGUAUUGGAAAAGAACCUAUGAAGGAGACACCAAAGAAGAUGUUUUAAUGAACUGGAAGGCGAAAGGAGGCCCAAGACAUGAGAUCUGGAUGUGUUCUUCUCAUGAACAUCACGGGGAUUCAUAGGAAGCAUUGAUCUCAUGACAUUUUGUCACCGUUAAUGAAAAACACUGUAGUGUCAGUUGUUCCUUGUCCUCCCACCAUUUUUCCUUGAGGUGCUUUGUGUUCUUGAAAAUUUAUAGUCCUAAGGGGACCGUAAGGGGAGUAAGACUGUUUCUGGGAAAACCAGCUGGUCCUGGCACCCCCCAAACUACUCAGCCAUAGAACAUGCUAAGCUGGUGGGGCGCUGGCUUUAGGAACAGGACAUCCUGUCUCAGGGCUGGGGUUGGAUCUGUGGGUCUGCAAAGUCCCACCCAACCCUCCAAGUUCUCCAAUACAGUAGCAGCGAGAGUGGCCCAGUGCCAGGUGCCACAAUAAUACACUGUCACUCCCAAACUGGUGCACACACUGCCAAACAGUGAAUUGCAAGAAAAAAUAUAUAUAUAUAUUAUACACACACACACACACACACACACACCCAGUUACACAGCCACAGUCAAGCACAAAGGCAUACAAGCACACGCCGAUCAUGCCAGCAGACAGAGUAGUCCAGCAACCGAAACCCACGUUGCACCAAACGGACUUAGCGUGCGGCUGAAAGGAGCCUGCACAGCAAAAAAAAAAAAAAAUUAAAAAAGGAACCGCAGUCAAUGUCACAAGCACAGCGCCUCCAUCCCCAAUGCAGGAAGGCAGGGUCACUGUCCCCACCCAUGCAUACGCUUUACGCUGACAGUGCAUUCUCGGAGAGCGAUUGUAGUAGGACUGUGGCUCUCUUGAUGUUUUCCCUCUCAUGAGGUAAGUGUGUCCUCGCUGUCACUUGUGAAAUGUAGCAAAAGAUUUCCUUUCGCUGUGCAUCCCUGGGUCUGGACUCGGUGUCUUGUGUGAAGUAGCCCCUUAGUCCAUAGCAGCCAAGGAUGGAUGGUCAUAGCACCCCAGAGAGGACCAGCUCGGAUACCAGCAAUUUGUUUUGGUGUCCCAUGAACGCAGAGGCUCCAGUGACACUGCAGUAGGAACUGAAAGACACCGUAGCCUAUUUGAAAACACGCGGCAGAAUGUGCACUUCCAUGAUGUACAUCUCAAUCCUUAAUUAAGACAGAGAUAUAACCAUACGUGGAAAUCCAGAGCCACACACACAAACAAUGCCCCUCACGUAAUAGACACCCAUCCAGAAGUCCAUAAUUUCUGCCUCACUCUCCCAAUUGUGCUUUUAUUCUUUUCUCUCUCUCUCUUUCCUUCUCUUUCUUUCCUCGUGUCUCUCUCGGUCCCUUUUCCUAGGGGGGGGCAAUUUAGUAAUAACUUUAGAAAUGCUGUUUUAGG